UGGAGGAAUGCUAAAAAUUUUAUUUGUAUUCAGUAUUUUGAGGCUUCCUUUGCAGCCCAGAAACAUCUCCCAGCAACUAUGAAGACUGUACUUAUGGUAGCAGAGAAGCCUUCCCUGGCUCAGUCAAUCGCCAAAUUUCUCUCUAAGGGACAGAUGAAGACGAGAAAGGGGCUUAAUGGAGCUUGUUCAGUACACGAGUAUGACGGACAGUUCAACAAAGAGCCGGUGAAAUUUAAAAUGACCUCUGUGUGUGGGCACGUAAUGACCUUGGAUUUUCAUCACAAGUUCAAUAACUGGGACGCUGUUAAUCCUCAGGAACUUUUCACGGCUACAACGCUGAAGAAAGAGGCCAACGAAAAACUGCAAAUGCCUAGAUUCUUGCAGCAGGAGGGAAAAGGCGUCGAUUACAUUGUUCUGUGGUUGGAUUGCGACAAAGAAGGGGAGAACAUCUGUUUUGAGGUGCUGGAUUGCGUCAGGCCUGUUAUGAAUAAGAAAUCAGGCAACAAGAAUGUAUUCCGUGCGAAGUUUUCUGCCAUAACAGAGACUGACAUUUGCAGUGCCAUGCAUCGUUUAAGCGAGCCUAAUAGGAAUGAGGCUAGGUCAGUUGAUGCUCGGCAGGAGCUGGACCUAAGGAUUGGUUGUGCAUUUACGCGAUUUCAGACAAAGUACUUCCAGGGGAAAUAUGGUGACUUGGAUAGUGGGCUGAUUUCUUAUGGCCCUUGUCAGACACCCACUCUAGGCUUUUGUGUGGAACGUCACGACCAGAUACAGUCGUUCAAACCUGAACCUUUCUGGGUACUUAAAACCCAGGUACUCCACCCAAGUGGUCAGACCUUGCAGCUUGACUGGGACAGGGGUCGACUGUUUGAUAAAGAGGUAGCUGUCAUGUUUCAAAAAGCUGUCAAGUCAUCAAGGUCAGCAACUGUGGUUGGUGUUUCCAAAAAGGAGAAAUCCAAACAAAGGCCCAUUGCUUUAAACACUAUUGAAAUGUUACGUAUGGCUUCUUCAGGGCUUAAUAUGGGUCCCCAGCACUGCAUGCAAAUAGCAGAGAGGCUUUACACACAAGGCUACAUCAGCUACCCUCGUACAGAAACAACUCACUACCCAGAGAAUUUUGAUCUGAAGGGAACUCUCCGACAGCAGCAGACAAACUCCAGCUGGGGUUCAUCUGUACGAGAACUUCUAGAGCAGGGUAUUAACAAGCCAAGGAAGGGGCAUGAUGCUGGUGACCAUCCACCCAUAACACCAAUGAAGCCUGCGAGUGAAGCUGAGCUGGGGGGUGAUGCAUGGAGAUUAUAUGAGUUGAUCACAAGAUCUUUUAUAGCCAGUGUCAGCUAUGACUGUAAAUACUUGCAAACAACAGUGAAGUUUUCAAUUGAGCAGGAGGCCUUUUCAUUCACUGGUAAAGCUGUGACCAACCCAGGCUUCACGUCUGUGAUGGACUGGCAGGCAAUUUCCAGUGAUGAACGAAUGCCUCAUUGUCAACAGCAUGAUUCAUAUCAAAUUGCAGAAGUGAAACUUGAAGAAAGACAAACUUCACCUCCUGAUUACCUCACAGAGAGUGAGCUCAUUUCACUGAUGGAGAAGCAUGGUAUUGGAACAGAUGCAAGUAUUUCUGUUCACAUUAAUAACAUCUGUGAAAGAAACUAUGUCCAGGUACUCAGUGGCCGAAAGCUUCAACCAACCCCUCUUGGAAUUGUGUUGGUACAUGGCUACCAAAAAAUUGAUCCUCAGCUUGUUCUACCCACCAUGCGAUCAGCUGUUGAGCAGCAAUUAAACCUAAUUGCUGUUGGGAAGGCAGAAUUUGAUUCUGUUUUGCAACAUGCCAUUGGAAUCUUCACAAGGAAAUUUGUUUAUUUUGUGCAAACCAUCACAAGCAUGGAUGAGCUUUUUGAAGUAUCAUUUACGCCACUCAAAGAUACUGGCAAGGCCUUGUCAAGGUGUGGCAAAUGUAACAGGUAUAUGAAGUACAUCAGUGCUAAACCAACACGCCUGCAUUGUGCCAACUGUGAUGAGACAUAUAGUCUUCCACAAAAUGGAAGCAUCAAACUGUACAAGGAACUGAAGUGUCCCUUGGAUGAGUUUGAGUUGGUGUUGUGGUCUACUGGAGGGAGAGGAAAGAGUACCUUAGUUUGCCCUUACUGCUACAACCAUCCACCCUUCUCAGAAAUGCGGAAAGGUAUGGGCUGUAAUCAGUGUACACAUCCCACAUGCGCCCACUCUGAGGUGAGUCUCAGCAUAGCUGACUGCACUGAGUGCGAUAAUGGAAGCCUUGUGCUUGAUCCAACCUCAGCUCCCAAGUGGAAACUUGCUUGUAACAGAUGUAAUCUGGUGAUACAUGUAUUUGAAGAUGCAUUCCGAGUGAGUGCCACAGAUCAGGAGUGUGAAUGUGGGACAACUCUUCUGAACAUUGAUUUCAACCGCACCAAGUCACCACUGCCCGGUGAAAAGACCCAACAUGUCGGUUGUCUCUUCUGUGAUCCACUGCUUGCACCUCUGGUCAAAAUGUCCCAUGCAGCAUCAAAGCACCCCAUGUACAGAGGAGGGCGAGGCAGAGGAGGAAGGCGUGGCAGGGGUGGUAGGAGAGGAAAGGGCAGAGGUAGACCCAAGGAUAAAAUGUCACAGCUUGCAUCGUACUUUCUGUAAUGUCUCAAUUACUGUGAUAAGUAUUGCUUUGGUGAAUGUGCAACCUUAUUUAAUUUCAGGACAGAAAUUUAAGUUAUGGUCUUGUCGGCUUAUAUGUAACCCUUUCACUCCCAAGAUCUUAUUGGUAAUUCUCAUUACUUUCUGCUAUACAAAACUUAUAAUGUUACUUUUGAGAAUUUUGUAUUGGAUCAACCAAUAAUCUUCUUUUUGAAAUUUUCCUUAAUUCCCAUUACUUGCGUGCUUUAUUUUGUAUUGAUAUUGUUAGGAGAAAUUCUGUUUUGGUCACUCAAGAUCAUGGGAGUUGAAGGGUUAAGUGGUAAAACUUUCAAUUUUUAUUCUGCUUUUUAUUUGCCUUUAAACUCCUAGGAUAUGAUUAGUAAUUCGCCAUGUGAGCUGCUAUAUAUUUCCUUGUAACUUAGUGAAGAGAAUUGGGUAUUGUGUCAAGGUUACACCUGCUAACUAUUAGGUUUGUCCAUUCUUCUUUCUUGUUUCUUGGAUGAUAUAUAUAACUCUAAAAGGAGUGUCAUAUUUAUCACUUCUGGACGUUAGAUACUUCAUUCAAACAUUUUUGGUUCUCAAUCCAUUUUACUCCCUGAAGUGACCUAAAGGGAAUUUGAUCAAGCAGUCUGAUAUUUUAAUAACAUCACAACAAAACUGACUAAUCAGUUUACACAAAUUGGACAUAUUGCACAUCACUGACAAUAAUUCCUCAUGUGACUCUGAUGAAGACUUCUGCUACUGAUGUUAAAAUGCUAUUCACUACUACUGAUAAUGGUCCUUCUCAGGACUACUUAAACCCCAAGAAUGACCAGCAUCUUAUUUCUCCUAAAGUAAUACUGCUGAAUCAUUCGUUAAGAUCAUGAGAAGAAAAGAAAUGAUUGUUAACCUAACAAGCUAUGACUGUAAAACAAAUUCUCCUUGUCAGCACCAAAGGAAGGGUUAUGGAAAAAAUGGAUACUGAUAUUUGGGUGUAAAAGAUUGAUGCAGAUGAUCAAACUACAUGAUUAAAUUUUGCUCCCAUACUAUUUUACUGGAAUAGUAUCAAUAACAACAACAAUAUUAAUAAUGGUGUAUUUCACAUUUAUAUACCUAUUACGUCCAAUUUAUAUUGUAUUUUGCUUAAUUAGAUUCUCAUGGAUGUUUCUAGGGAAAAGAAAUUAGAUGUAGAUAUGUAGGGUGCAAAUGUCCAGUAACUAAGUAAACCUUACAGAUUUCUAGUAAGACUCUAGUCUUGUCAAGUUGUUUGAAAAGGAAUUUCUCAAUUCAAUUUCAAUUUAUUUUGUAUCAUUGUCUAUUUAUCUUGAACUUUGCACCAGAGAGAUUAAGUUAUGAAAAUGGUUGAAUUUGAUUCAUGACUGCCAAUACAGGUUGCCUAAGCAGCAACUUCAACUGAAAAUUUAGUUGCCAAAAUGUUUUUACUUGCCAUGGCAGCCAAAAGGGUUGCAGCAUGGAGUAUUCUGUUGUUUGCACAACACUACAAAUUGCAAGUUACAUGGAUAAGAAAUCACUUUUAUUAAUUUAUGGAAAGAAUCCAGUAUAUGAGAGGGAAAAAAUGUAAAGCAUGUCCAAUUAUUUAUCAAAAAAUAACUUACAAGAGAUAAGAUAUUGUGAUUGUUAUUAUGGGUAGCUUGAUAUAUGAGCUUUAGUAAGACAGUUCAUUGAAUAUUAUGUUCAUCUUUUUUGGAAGAAUUGUAAUAGAACUUAGUUUUGUUUCAAUUGUAAGGCCAGUUGUUUUUUAUCAAUUUUUCUCGUAAAGAGUUCUAUUACUUAAAAUUAAUGAAAAGUUGUCUGGUUAUGCCAUUAGAUUUAUACCCACAUGUUACUUAAAGUUUAUUUUAUUUGAAUUUUGUUCAUUUUUUCAGCAAGUAUUUAUUUAUUUUUCAGUUUUUGGUUAAUAUUUGCACAAGAUUGUCUGAAUCUUUUCCAAUGUUAAUAUUUAAUUGAAGCUUUUGGACAUUAACCCUUGAACUCCCAUGGGUGACCACUAAGGCAAAAUUUCCGAAUAUCAAUAUUAUAGCAAGCAUGCAUCAAGUGAUGAGAAUGCAGAAAAAUAUCAUUUAGAGGAUUACAAGUUGAUCCAAUACUAAAUUCUCCAGAGUAAUAUGAGUUAUUUUGUAGAUGGUAAGGAGAAUUUCUGAUGCAAUCAUGGAAGUGAAAGGGUUAAGAGUCUCCUUCAGCUGUAGUUUGGUGUAUAUGUAGUUGCCUACAGAUUGUCUUCCAGUGAAUGAUGACUUGAUAACCUUGCAUGCAGAGUGGCCUUUGAUCUUUCCUACUUACUCCACAUGAAGGGUUAGAGUGCAUUGUGUGUUUAGACCAAAACCAAAAACGACUGGAGAGGAGACUAACUUUGAACAUGUUGGUAUCUGAGAAGGAAACUAAUGCUCUUUAUAAUCCACAUCUUUAUUAAAGUUCACUAAUUUGAGCCAA